AUGUCGGAAAAAGCGGAAUCGAGUGAUAGCGAUGGGCCACUAAUCGACGACAAUGUUAUACGUAUUCAAUUAAGGAGGCCGACCCACAGAAAAUGGGAAUUGCGGACGAGAAAUCUAUCCCCCGGGAUUAAGUUUCCCACUAUUCAGCUCUUUGAUAGCGAAGGGACCUUACUCGUGGAAACAAACGAAGAAAACAUAUCAAUAAAGAGCUCGAACUAUGAUGAGCCGAGCUUGAGAAGUAGCCAAUCGCUACGUGAAAGGGAUUCCAAACACGUAAUCUACACUCAUCCUAUACGCAAACACAAUACAAUAUCGGGGGACAGAGUGUACACUCGUAUAUUUAAAGAUUCCGGAUUCGUUGACUACGAAAAGGAUUACGAUACUACAACUGAAACGCAAAAUAGUGCUCUAAACAUUCCAGAUAAAUUAACAGUUAGUCGUAGUUUAGAUAGUUUCAAUUCAAUUCUUGAUACAACACCGUGUAUGUCCGACUGUGACGUGAGUAGUUACAAAAGUUCAGACAAUGAAGCAAGCGAUGAUAUCAAUAAGAUUUGCACAAAAGACAAUUUAAAGGAAUAUAUACAACAAAAUGACGAGACAAAUAUACCGAUUUUGAUUGAAGACGUAGACAAUAAAGUUAACGAGAGAGAAAAUCUUAUUCCAGGUCUUCACGGUUCACAGUCAUUUAGCGAUGCCGUGCCAAAACAUCGUCAAAGAGAGCAGAGCGACGUACAACGUUCCCAAUCAGGAAUUAUUUAUAAGCAACUGAAUAAGGUAUCCUUCCUAAACACUUACCUUAAAAGCAUAACCGCACGUAGAGCCUCUAAUACCGGCUUCGUUUUAAACCGUAUACAAACAAAUGAUUCCCCGCAAAAUUUACAUGAACCUACAAAGCCUAGCGAAUCGCCCAAAUUAAAUUCCGAAAGACCGUGCCGCUCCUCCAAAUCAGAUAACACAACAGAUAAUGAAUUUAUUAAUAUUCCGACGGACGUAGCGGCCGAUUGCGAGAUGAGAAAGCGUUUGAAAUUGUAUCGACGUGGCAUAUCUGAGAUCGGGGUUUACGAGGACUGCGGUUAUAUGACGGGGAAGAAAAGACGCCAUUCGAUAAGUGGUCUAACGCAGAUUGCUCGAACUUCGUCUUCCGAAAGCGUGGACGAAGCUGACGUUAUUCUAAAUCGCUUGAAGCGAAGGAUAGUCAAGAAUAAGUUGAGGGAGAAACGGCGUAGUGUGGGCGCGAAAAUCCCCGAUAAAGACGAGAAGCCUAUUGGUGCGUCAUCAGAUGAGUGUCGCAUUGCGGGCCGCGGAGCCCUUGUGAGGUCCCGCCUCGCAAUGGGCUCCAACAUCAGCCAACACUCUGCCAAGGGUCUCAAAGGGCGCCGCGCAAGAUCAAGCGGCGAUCUGUGUAAUGGCGAGACGAAAAGCCAAACGGAGUCCUCAGUAUGCGGUUCCGUUGUCGGCGACGUCAUGGGCUGGAACCGGUCCCUGCCGAAUCACCUAGAUGGAAACAGGCACCUCGCUGACUACAGUCGCGUGAACAAUAACUAUGGUGAAUUCGCUACGUACAGAGGCCACCCGAAGGGCGGGCGCGGCUUGCGGUACAGAAUAUCUAAGUCUGGUUCUGAUGCGGAACCAGUGUGGAAGCUGCAAGAUCCUGGAUUUGACCAGGGCUACGGUUCAGAAAGAUCUCCCGAGGAAGACUACGUUCCGCCUAUACCUCCAGCCAUUUCACUUGAAGAAUAUGAAGCUGAAUUGCGUGCCAUAUAUCCGUUUAUAACUGAUGAUAAUACAUUUACCGUGGUAGUCGAGAAGGAUGGGCGUGGGUUAGGUAUGUCAGUUUGUGGCGGCGGUGGCCUGGUGAGGAUCCGAAGGUUGUACCCCCCACAACCAGCCUGGAGAACCGGACAACUAGCUCCAAGGGACCUGCUGCUCUCUGCGAAUGGUGUGCCCCUUGCAGGACUUAGUACAUAUGAAGCAUUAGAAGUUCUACGGACAGCUGCCGCCCGCGUAGAAUUACGAGUCUGUCGACCUCCAAGUGACGUACUCGAGAGUAUCACACCACCAGAUCCACCCACUCCACCAGCGAGGACCCCACAUCCACCUCACUUGCCAUUAGACCCACUUAAUUGCCAUCCUUUACAUGCCAGAUUAUCGCAAACAACAAGCAGUGCCACCACGUCGUCAUCUGAAGGCAGAGGACGCAGAGAUGUGAGUCCAGAAGAUAGGCGAGUUGACUUGCAGUUACCGGAUCUCGACAGACCCUUGCCAGUUUACGAUAUACAAUACGGGGUGUACUGGUUUGGUGAUUAUAUUUUCUUAUCUGGUGUUUGUUGGCUCGGAUUAAACUUUGAGUGGCGCUUAGCUAGUACCCCUCCCUUGCAAUUAAUAAUGUUCUCUGUUCACGCUUCACAGGAUGAUGGAUCGGUGGAGUUCGACAUAGUGAUGACCAAGGUUAAUGGUUCUUUGGGAUUCACUCUUCGCAAGGAGGACCACAGCGCGCUGGGGCACUACGUCCGGGCCUUGGUGCGGGAACCGGCGCUAAGCGAUGGCCGUAUUCAACCAGGAGAUAGGAUUGUUGCGGUCAACGACACGUCCAUGUCAAAUAUGUCGCACGCAGAAGCAGUUGCAUUUCUCAGGGCGUGCGGUUCUGAAGUCAGGCUGCGCCUGUACCGUGACCACGCAGCUACACCGUUGUCACCGAUGUCGCCAAAGGAAGAAGGGCCUACCGAUUCCGAUCCACCAUUGAACAAACCUAAACCGCCCUUAAGAGCGGAGGCUGUAUCGAUGCUGUGUGAUUUAGCAGCUCGUCGCCUCACCCCAGAUGCAGCCGAUGGAUCACGAUCCCCGUGUCUUUCUCCUCGAAAAUUCAGGAAACUCACCAAGGAUAAUAAUCAUUAUGAACAGCCAAAUGUUUACCUAGAAGAAGCUCCACCCGCAGAUAAACUUAUAGGGUGCACGUGUGUUGCACAAUUAAAUAACAAAAAAGCUCAAGCCAAAUAUAAAGAAAUGAACCAAAUGAUAGCAAAUAAUGCAGAUAUACAAGACAUAGCGCCAUCAAGGCCACCAAGGAAGAAAGGGGCUAAGAAAUCUCUCCUAGAAGCAGGAAAACAAAAUUCGUUACCAGCAGACUGUUCGAAUAAAACAGAUGACGAUACUACACAGGAUAAAGCUAUAUGUGUAACAAAGUUAAAUGAUAAAGAUUUAAAGCCAUUGAAAAAGUCUGUAUCAAUUCCAAGUGACGCCAAACUAACAUCAGAAUAUCAUUCAAUAAGGGAAGAUAACAUGAUAACAACAUAUUUAAAUAAAUUCUUUAUUGAAAACUACUAUGAAAAUAUCGUCCAUCCACUCAGCAUGAAAUUUAAAGAAGCACAGGCGUCCAAUGAUCGUUUGGAAUACGAAAAUGAAGAUAAAAUGCCUGCCGAAGAACCAAUAACAUGUACAUGUUCUGAAGAGAUGAAAAAACUUCAUAAUGAUAAACGUCUUUCUUCAAUCACACAAGAAGCUUGCAAAAGUUAUUCAAACAAUAUUUACGAAAAUGUACAAGAAUCAAAAGAUUUUCCAAAACCUAAAAAAACAAUUCAAAGAUCAAAGACCCAACGUUUUACACGAUCUCAUUCAAUCCGAAAGCGACUUCUUUCUAAGAGAUUUAAAUCAAGAACCAUUAGCGGUCCAAUAUCUUUGGAAAAAGAGAAUGAAACAAAUUCAGGUAUGGAAGCUAUUAAAAGUGUAGAACAUAAUACACCAGUACCACCACAACUGGUAUCACAUAAAGACGCUAAAGUUGAAGAUACACAAAAGAGAGAUUUUGGUCCCGAAAGACCAAAAUCUUUAGUAAUCGGUUCGGAAGAUGAAAGAUUUGAUGAUAUGAAUAAGCAAUUAAUUCAAGUUGGUAACGAAACAAAGUUAAAAAGGCCUGUGCUUACAAGUCCCACGACUCCGCCUUCUUGUAGAGAUCAAAAGCUUAGCCUGACAGUGAUACCACAAAACUAUGAACUAAACAAUCUGGACAAUGAUACUUUAGAUGCUCCCAAUGCAUAUCAAGAGGAUCCUAGACAGAGAUACAACGAACCGGCCUUCCCUGUCGAUUCGGACGAACCAGUUUCUAUGCCAGCUGAGUUAAUGUCCACUGAUGAAAGAUUUAAACAUUCAAACCCGGCGUAUCAAAGUGCCGUUUUACAUAGCUCUACAACUGACAGCGCUUCAGAUAAAGAUGACGGUAACGGUCUAAAGAAGUGGAAGGGCGUCGCACUAUCUCCAGAUAACGAACGAAAAGUUAAACCACUUGUAACCGAUGUGCUUCCUAAACCAGUACAAACUGAAGUCGUCCAAAAGGAGAAUAUAAAACCUGAACCAGCUGAGCCGGCUUCUACUGAAGCACCUACGAUUGUGACUGUAGAACUAAAUCGUGGUUGGAACAGUCGAUUGGGCUUCAGCGUUCAAAGCCAUCCGGAUUCAGGACAAAGUUACAUCUCAGCUGUCUACAAUGACAGUGUCGCGGCAAGAGACGGUCGUCUACAACGUGGUGACGUCAUAUUACAGGUCAACGAUGAAAAUGUGACCGCGAUGAAGACACCAGAAGUUAUAGAUUUACUCCGUAUUCUUCGAGGAUCUAUAUGCAUAACAGUAUUGCGACCGAGUAACACACAAUAA